AUGAAUUCUUUAAUUGCUAACAGUGGUAAUAUAAACAUUGAUAAUUUUAUCAAAGGAACACAUUCAAUAUCAUCUAUGAUUAGUAUGCGAGAACCAGUUUUACAAUGGGUUCCUUUUGAAGAGUUUAUAGAUGUAAAGAAAAUUGGGCAAGGUGGUUUCAGUCAAAUUUUUAAAGCUACCUGGAAAUUUGUUGAAGGCAUAAUCAUAAGUGAUAACGGUAAGGUCAAGCGGCCAAACUCAGAACAAGAAAUUGUUUUGAAAGUACUAAAUAACUCUCAGAAUGUGGAUACGGAAUUUUUAAAUGAG